GUCAUCAGGUGACGCAUGGUCACCAAACAGAGAAACAGAAGUUGAUUCGUCUUCAGAGGAGGACAAAACCAUCGAGAUGGACAGCGGUACUGAUGACAGCGGUGAUGAGGACUACACACCUUAUAUACACAUAAGGUAAUUCCUUUUGUUUAACAUUCUAUAAAACUGCAAUAGCGCAUAGUUAAUAAAAAGCUUUUGUUCACAGGACUGGAGCGGCAUUACAAAAAACAUUACAACUUGAGACUCUGCAAGAAAUUAACAUUGAGGAUACAGUUCAUGACUGUAAUAUCCCAGAAGCAACUGAUGCAACACCUGUACCAGAUAAAGUAGUGGUCAACAUUCCUGGAGACAUAAUUGGUCAACCGGUUUCCAUGGUGUACCACAAGUGUAUGCAGCAGCUUGCAGAGUUCCUUCUCUUGCCAGUCCAAGUAUGUACGGAGAAAGACCCACAAACAUCUGAGGAAUGUGGUGCCUCUGCACCAUUCAUUAUCAACAUUUCUUCACGAGGAACAGCUAUGAUUGUCAAAUGGUGUUGUCCCAAGAGCCAUGUUGUUUGGCAGUGGAAUUCUCAGCCAACGUUCAAAUUUGGGAUGCAAGCUGGAGAUUUUAUGCUCUCUUCAAAUAUACUCCUGUCAGGCAACAAUUUUGCAAAAAUUGCCCUCAUGUUUAAAUACAUGAAUAUGGGCAUGGUGACCCGCAACACUUUUUUUUCAGUCCAAAAUGCAUAUUGUGUGGACACCAUAAAAGAAUACUGGACUGAAAAAAGGACAGAUAUUAUUUCUGAGGUGAAAGAAAGAGGACAUGUUGUUGCACUAGGUCUGUUGGUAUUUUUAUCUAUGUAAUAAAUGUUAUGCAAUAUUUUAAACAACAAAUAGUUAUGCCUAAAAUCUGCUCCAACAGGUGAUGGGAGAAUGGAUAGUCCUGGCUUCUGCGCACAGUACUGUACAUACACUUUGAUGGACAAUGACACCAGAAAAAUACUCUCCAUUGAAAUCAUCGAUAAAGCCGGGCGUACACUGUGCGACUUUUUCACUUUUUUGAGCCGAUUUUCCAGUCGUGCGAGAAGCCACGACAUCGGGGCGAGUUUUGCGCCGAGCGGUCGUGUAGUGUACAGGGGGUUACGAGAGGCGAUUAACACCACGUGACCAGCCGCCGAUCAGCAGUCGUGAGGUCGCAGGGACUUCUGGUGUGUUUAAUAUUUCGCUCGUCCCUCGUGAGGGUAUCGCACUGUUGAAGCGGCGCUGCGAGCAGCUGCGAGCAGCUACGAUCCAAAAAGUAUCAGAACCACUCACGGCGCAUGCGCGCGCAAUCCUGCAUCAACGCCGGCCGGUCGCUCGCUAUUUCCCUAAUAACACACGCUGUUCGUUUUUGUUUCUACACGUUUUUUUACUCACAAAGAUUGUCAAGAAAGCGUGUUUGUCGUGUUCAUGUCAAAUUAAACUGAUCAUAAAACACAGAUUCACUUUCUUUAUUUCGUUUUCCUCAUCCAACCCCCAUAAAUCCCUGUGUGUCCUCCUGCAGCACUCCCGAAGGACAACAGGCAAGACAAAAAAGUCUGACGUGUUGUGUAAAAACUGCUAUUUUUAGCACAUUUUGGGGCCGACGUGUUGCUACCAGACGUACAGUGUGAGCAGUCAGGUCGCAUGCGAGAAUUGGGUCGUACAGUGUGAGCACACGACUCGUGAGAUCUGCUCUGCGAGGAAGUCGUACAGUUUGAGCUGAAGCUGAACGCUGCGAGUGAAAAAGUCGCACAGUGUACGCCCGGCUUAAGAGAGAAACUCAGAGGAGUUCUACAAUAAUGGAGAGGGAGGCUUUCAUCAGAAGUGUUGACAAGGUUAGCCAAGAAGUGAAACUAUCAGAAGUUUGCACUGAUGCCCAUUCACAAAUAUCUGCUCUUUUCCGUAAGUAUAACACAGUUUUGCACAUAACACACAUCUUUAACCAUUAUUAGUAUUGCCUUACAGUUCAUUUUAUCUGUGUCAGGAAAAGGAAAGUACAAAGACAGUGGAAUUGAGCACACCUAUGACAUGUGGCAUGGUGCAAAGAACCUGAGCAAAAAAAUACAUGCGAUACGUGGCAAUUAUAAUAUAUAAUAACUAUAACGAUGCUUUUGAUGGACUUUAUAUAUAUUUUUUAACAGGCAGGUAAGCAAAGGGGAUGUUCCAUUUUAUUACAGUGGAACAAAGAUAUCUGUAACCAUUUUUGGUUUUGCUGCAAGUCGCGAACACUUAUGAUGAGUUUUUUGUAAGUACAUUAUUUGUAUUUUCAUAUAAAAAAAGUGAAUGUAACUAAUCGCCACAUGUCUUUUAGGACAUGUGGAUCGGUCUACUCCACCAUGUGACUGGAAAACAUGAGUGGUCUCUGGAUGCUUGUCAGCAUGAUCCUUUACUAAGUGACAGAGAGAAAGACUGGAUUCAGAAAGGCUCCACUCCACACAAAGCCCUCAGUGACAUCAUUCUCAGUGAACGCUGGCUGAAAGAAGUCCCAAAAUAUUUGAAAUUCAGAUCUACAGCAAAUUUGGAGGCGUUUCACAACCAUCUCCUAAUGUAUGCAAGCAAAAGAUUCAGUUACAUCCCACCUGUUUACGAGGCACGGAUACUGCUUGCUGCACUGGACUGCAAUCACCACUCACAUCGAGAAGUGAAGAGGAGAGCAGAAGGAUCGAUACAAUACCAUAAAAUAUUCAACAAAAAAUCAAGAUGCUGGAGGCUGUAUUCUGAGAAGGUGGCAAAAGAAUACUCCUACAUCCCAGAGAUCCAAACCAUGAUCGUCAAACAACGUUUGACAAGCAAGAAAGGUCUUCCUCGACGCUACAAGCUAAGGCCUGAGGAUCCAAGGCGUUACGGUUUGCUGUCCGGAGUCCCUGCACCAUCAACAGAGGAACUUCUACAACACCUACGGACUUGCGGUGAUGGUAAAACUUUGCCACAGACAUAGGUGUUGGGGGAGGCAAGAGAAAACCCAAAACCUUCUUUAUUUUUGUUUCCUGUGUUUUAUUUAUUUAUUUAUUUUUAAAUAAAGAUAUAUUUUGGGGAAAUAAGGACUAAUAAUUUAAAAAUGUAUGUAAAAUGCUGGAGGUAGACUUAAGUUUUUGUUGUUGUGCAGGAGUUUAAAAUUUAUGGUAUUUUUACAAAUGCAACAGAGAGUUAUGCUUUAGAACACUUUAUUAGAGCAUCAAACAAAACUAUAUAAAAAACAAACUGAUGUAAAAUAUCAAAUAUAUACAUUUAUUUACAAUCGUCUUGGAAUAAAACCAGUGUAGUUACCAUUGGGGUCAGGGAAUUUUUCCCUUAUCCUCCAGACAACACAGCUUGGGAUUACUACCCUGCUCCCUCCACCAAGUUUUCCAUGCUGCCAUGCUACAAACUGUCUGUAAGCUGCAUGGCGGAACUGUCUGUUGUCCUCACCAGGGUCCGGGUCAUCAUAAACCGCUCGAAACUCAUUCCACAACGUUCUGGCCAGGCGAAGAACACCAUUUUGCAGAAUAAACUCCUCCAUGUGUGUUACAGUUGAAAUACAUGUCUGGGGAGGCUGUUGGCAGCAUUUCUUUUCCAAAUCAGUUGGCAUCUCUGCAGUGGGAGCAUACACACCAUGAAGGUUGAUUGGAUGUUGGAGGUGUUGUGGCAGGUGGACCAGAGAGGGCAAGUACAUCAAAGAGAACACCAGUGUCUGUCCAGCACCAUGGUAAGGAUGUCAAUAGCCUGCUGAGGGUUCAGGUUCUGUAUGUGUAGCUACAAACGUGGAAAGAGAUGCUACAGCAACAGUUUUUAGGAUCAUUUAGUGUAAUUUUUUUAUGCUUACACGUUCAAAGUCUAUUCGCUCGGAACGAAGAUUCUGAACUCGAGAGAGAUCUUCAUCUCCAAGGUCCACAGCUGAGUGUCUCGCACUUCUUCGGCCUCUGGAUGCACCGCGGCCUCUAGACACACCGCGGCCUCUGGAUGCACCACGGCUUUGAGAUGAUGAUGUUCAACAGCUGGUGCUGGUUAAAGAAGAAGCUCCUGAGGAACAGAGUGCAGGUGAGGACCAGAAAGACCCAGAACACAUCCACAUGAAGGAGGAACAAGAAGAAAAGUGGACCAGCCUGGAGAGAGAACAACUCUAUUUGGAGGAGGAAACAGAUGCUGCCAGGUUUCCAUUCACAUUGGCUUCUAUAAAGAGUGAGGAUGAUGAGGAGAAACCUCUGUUCUCACAGCUUCAUCAGCAGCAAGCAGAAGACAAAGAUGUCCAAACCAAAGAUGUUCAAACUCCUGAGGAACAGAGUGCAGGUGUGGACCAGAAAUACCCAGGACACAUCCACAUGAAGGAGGAACAAGAAGAAAACUGGACCAGUCUGGAGGGAGAGCAACUCCAUUUGGAGGAGAAAACAGAUGCUGCCAGGUUUCCAUUCACAUUGGCUUCUAUAAAGAGUGAGGAUGAUGAAGAGAAACCUCUGUUCUCACAGCUUCAUCAGCAGCAAGAAGACAAAGAAGUUCCAACCAGCAGCUCAGCUCACCAGAUGACAGCAGAAACUGGUGGAAGAGCAGAAACUAGCAGGAACCAAGUUCUGAACCCUCAUGAACAGACAUCUGAUUCUUCAGAAACUGAAAUGAGUGGAGAUGAUGAAGAGGGUGACGAUGUGAAUCUAGACUCCGAACUGUCAGACUCUGGGUCUGAAACUGGAGAAGAAGACAGUGACUGGAAUGAAAGCAGGUCUUCUGAUUCACAUGUUAGGACUGUCAACAAGUCCUUUAGCUGCCCUGAGUGUGGUAAACAAUUUGUCCACAAGAGGUCUCUCCAGAAACAUGUGAGAGUGUCAGGUUAUUCAGCAAUAAGGUCUUCAAGCUGUUUGGUCAAAAAGAAAGGUGUUGGAGUGAAGCAACAUGUAGACUCAUGCAAGAGAGUCCAGAAAGAACUAAAAUCAUUUAGUUGUGAUGACUGUGGUAAAAGAUUUAGUUCAAUGUUUCAUUUAAACGUUCACAUGAGAGUCCACACAGGAGAAAAACCUUUUGUCUGUGAGCUCUGUGAAAAAAGAUUUAGCAGUAAGGCACAUUUAAACAGUCAUAUGAGAGUCCACACAGGAGAAAAACCUUUUGCCUGUGAGCUCUGUGGUAAAAGAUUUGGUCACCAAAAAAGUUUAAACAGUCACAUGAGUGUCCACACAGGAGAAAAACCUUUUGCCUGUGAGCUCUGUGGUAAAAGAUUUGGUCAACAAAAAAGUUUAAACAGUCACAUGAGUGUCCACACAGGAGAAAAACCUUUUGCCUGUGAGCUCUGUGGUAAAAGUUUUAGCCAAAAGGGAUAUUUAAACAGUCACAUUAGAGUCCACACAGGACAGAAGCCUUUUGCUUGUGAGCUCUGUGGUCAAAGUUUUAGCCAAAAGGGAAAUUUAAACAGUCACAUGAGAGUCCACACAGGAGAUAAACCUUUUGCCUGUGAGCUCUGUGGUAAAAGAUUUGGUCACCAACAAACUUUUAACAGUCACCUAAGAGUCCACACAGGAGAAAAACCUUUUGCCUGUGAGCUCUGUGGUAAAAGAUGUAACAGUAAGGCACAUUUAAACAGUCACAUGAGAGUCCACACAGGAGAAAAACCUUUUGUCUGUGAGCUCUGUGGUAAAACGUUUGGUCACCAAAAAAGUUUAAACUAUCACAUGAGUGGCCACACAGGAGAAAAACCUUUUGCCUGUGGGCUCUGUGGUAAAAGAUAUGGCUAUAAGACAGCUUUAAACUAUCACAUGAGAGUCCACACAGGAGAAAAACCUUUUGCCUGUGGGCUCUGUGGUAAAAGAUUUGGUCACCAAAAAAGUUUAAACUAUCACGUGAGAGCCCACACAGGAGUAAAACCUUUUGCCUGUGGGCUCUGUGGUAAAAGAUUUAGCAGUAAGACAGCUUUAAACAAUCACAUGAGAGUCCACACAGGAGAAAAACCUUUUGCCUGUGGGCUCUGUGGUCAGAGAUUUAGGGGCAAGACAGAGUUAAACUGUCACAUUAAGAGUUCACACACGACAUAAUGAAUUAUUUUGAAAGUGUGAUUGACGGAAAAAAAAUCUGAUCUGUGAGAGCAGGGGAGUGGGAGAUAUAUGUAUAUACACACACAUACACACACAGAUGUGUGUGUGUGUGUGUGUGUGUAAUUGAUUGAUUAAAAUGUUUAUUUGAAAAUAAGACAAAAUAUUUUAAAAAAAUCAAUGAACAUAGUAGAAAAGAAAAUAUAUAUACCAAUAAAAAAGAAGUAUUUGUCCAAAGGGAGUAAGAAGAAGUAAGUGCUAAUUCUAUCCCACCCCCUUGUCUCACAUUACUAAUUUACUUUACAGUUUACCAUCUAUACAUACAUACAUACAUACAUUCAUAUUAAUAUAUAUAUGCAGCUACUAAUGAUGGAAUUUUGCAUUAACAUUUUAUGGUACUAGUGAUAGUAAUGAUAAUAAUGACAAUAAUAACUUAAUAAUAAUAAAAUGGCAAUAAUAACAUAAACAGCAGCAAAAUAAUAAUGACAAUAUCAUAGUUUCCAGAACCUCAGAGAACCUCAUUUUCAUAUCCAUUAAUUAUCAUCUUUUUAUGCAGUGAUUUCAAUUUGUUUAUAUUUGGACACUGUUUGAGUAUUUCCUGCAGCCCAUUCCACAGCUUCACACCACAUACUGAUACACAGAAACUCCUUUUAGUGGUUCUUACCCUAGGCAUUUAAAAAAAAUUUUAAUCCUUCCUAAAUGAUAUCCCUCAUCACUCUGGUUGAAGAGCUUUUGAAUAUUAGGUGGUAAUAAGUGCUUACUAGCUUUAAACAUGAUUUGAGCUGUUUGAUAAUGAACCAGGUCUUGAAGUUAAAAGUAUUUUGACUGUAAAAACAAAGAAUUUGUAUGAUCCAGAUACCCAACUUUAUGAAUGACACAUAUUAUCCUCUUUUGCAAUACUGAUAGUGGGUGUAGUGCAUUUUUAUAGUUGUUUCCCCAAAGCUCUAUACAGUAAGUGAAAUAUGGCAGAACUAAUGAACAAUACAGAAUAUGGAGUGAUUUACA